AGGUGGAGAACUGGAAGCAGAACCUGCGGGCGAUUUACCAGUGCUUCGUGUGGAGCGGCUCGGCCGAGACCAGGAAGCGCAAGGCAAAGUCGUGCAUUUGUCAUAUGUGUGGUGCCCACCUGAACAGACUCCACUCUUGCCUCUACUGUGUCUUCUUUGGCUGUUUUACAAAGAAACAUAUUCACGAGCACGCAAAGACAAAGCGACACAAUUUAGCCAUAGACCUUUUGUAUGGGGGUAUAUACUGCUUUAUGUGUCAAGAUUACAUAUACGACAAAGACAUGGAACAAAUUGCCAAAGAAGAACAACGAAAAGCUUGGAAAUUACAAGCCUUCACCCCAACAGUGGUUUCUCACUACCAGUGUACAAUGACAGGCAUUGGAGAGAAGUAUUCAACAUGGGAGCCAACCAAACGAGAGUUAGAAUUGCUACGACACAACCCCAAGCGGAGAAAAAUAACCACAAACUGCACCAUAGGUCUACGAGGGCUAAUCAAUCUUGGGAACACAUGUUUUAUGAACUGUAUUGUCCAGGCACUUACCCACACUCCACUGCUGCGAGAUUUCUUCCUCUCCGACAGGCACAAAUGUGAAAUGCAAAGCCCCAGCUCAUGUCUGGUCUGUGAAAUGUCUACGCUUUUUCAGGAGUUUUACUCUGGGCACCGAUCUCCUCACAUUCCAUAUAGGUUAUUGCACCUGGUAUGGACUCAUGCACGGCAUUUAGCAGGGUACGAGCAACAAGAUGCACACGAGUUCCUCAUUGCUGCAUUAGAUGUGCUACACAGACACUGCAAAGGUGAUGAUAAUGGGAAGAAGGCCAACAACCCCAACCACUGUAACUGCAUCAUAGACCAAAUCUUCACAGGCGGACUGCAGUCUGAUGUUACCUGUCAAGUCUGCCAUGGCGUUUCCACAACGAUAGACCCAUUUUGGGACAUCAGUUUGGAUUUGCCAGGCUCCUCCACCCCGUUCUGGCCACUGAGUCCAGGGAGUGAUGGCAGUGUCGUAAAUGGGGAAAGCCAUGUAUCAGGCACCACCACUCUCACAGACUGCUUGCGAAGGUUUACAAGGCCAGAACAUCUAGGAAGCAGUGCCAAAAUCAAAUGUAGUGGUUGCCAUAGCUACCAGGAAUCUACCAAACAACUCACUAUGAAGAAGUUACCCAUUGUGGCCUGUUUUCAUCUCAAACGGUUUGAACACUCAGCCAAACUGAGGCGAAAGAUCACUACGUAUGUCUCAUUUCCGCUGGAGCUGGACAUGACACCAUUCAUGGCUUCCAGUAAAGAGAGCAGAAUGAACGGGCAAUACCAGCAGCCGACGGAUAGUCUAAACAAUGAUAAUAAGUAUUCCUUGUUUGCAGUAGUUAAUCACCAGGGAACCUUGGAGAGUGGGCACUAUACCAGCUUCAUCCGGCAGCACAAGGACCAGUGGUUCAAGUGUGAUGAUGCCAUUAUCACCAAGGCUAGCAUUAAGGAUGUGCUAGACAGCGAAGGAUAUUUGCUGUUCUAUCACAAGCAGUUCCUGGAGUAUGAAUAGCCUUAUCCAGCAGCUUGUCAGAUAUAAACAAGGAAGAAAAUAAGCAAGCCUUCUGAAUCGACACACAAACCUACCUGAAAUGAAAAGACCCAUUAAAAAACAACUAGCACUGAGCUGUAACAGGACCUACUUGACACUGACUCAAAGCCUGGCGGAGUAAGAAAUGAACAAUGUCCAACGUGUAUGCAGUCCCGCAAGGACAGAAAGGGGGAAAAAAAGAGGCUACAGUCAGUCACUUAACAGAGGAAAUAUAAAAUGAAAGGAAUGCUCUGGGUGGGGGAAAUGGGAGCAGAGGAGUCCAGGCACUGGUACAUCUCCUAUGUUCCUCCAAAAUGUGUGUGGGAAGGCAAGGGGUUAUACCCUCAUCUCCAUAAAGCAUCUUCUCCAUUUGGUGCUUCAGCUCCAACGACCAAUCAUAUAACAGGUAAAAUUAAAAAUCCAAGCCCAUUUUUUAUGCAUAUGGGUCUGAAAGCAGAGUGGAGGAGGAGGGGAUGACACAACUAAAGGACUUUGCAAGUAUCUUUUUAUUUGUGAAUUUUAGUUAUUAAAUAAAUACAGUAUGAAACUAUUAGGCUCUUUUUUUUCAACAACCAUAAAAGAAAUCCUGGAUUGUGGAACUGAAGCUACAGUACUAAGACAGGUUUUCGAGCAUGCCUGCUUGCCCAGGUAAUGUUUAAUGCCAUCGGACUGCUCAUCAAAAGCAUCAGCACAGAUUCUUUUCUGUUUGAGCCCUUUUUGUUUUGUUUUCUAUAAAUAGCUAUUUUCUUAAUUUUUUUCCUUUUAUUCCCUUUUUUCACGAGAAUGAAAUUCAUAAAUGCAACCAUCAGUAAAAAUGAAUGAAUUGGCGUGUUUAUACUGUAAGAGUGGUCUUGGUUCUUUUUUUAAAUCUUGUGAAUAAGUUUGAAUUUCUCAAAAUUGCUUGUUCUGUUGUUGCUGGUUUUGGUUUGUUUUUUCCCCUGCUGCCUUCCAAAGGCAUAUAUAUGACACUUGAAAGAACCUCAGUAUUGAAAAAUGUACCAUCUGUUAGAAACGGUUGCUGCUGGGGGCAGCAUCGAGCGAUAGAUCUGCUGCUAUUGAGCACUUCUGCAGUGCACUCGGGUUUUAA